AUGGCUUUAAUCUCUGAAACUUCCGAUGACGUUUCUAACGGCAGCGAUCCAAACAAGAAUCCCGAAGAUCUCCACAAGAAACCGCAAGAAGAAGAAGAAGAGAAUCAAAACGAGAAACCGAAAGAAGAAGAACAAGUAGAGAAUCUUGCUCCGAUUCGUCGACGACACAUACCACUGAUACUCAUAGAAAGAACCGUCGCACUAAUCCGGAUAUGUCAUUACCCGAGGCUAUCUCUACUCUCCAGAACCUUCCUUAACGUAAUCUCUUCAGAGCAUCUCUUCGUAACGCGCUCGCUCCUCGGCUUGACUGAACCGGUUCUUUAUGCCUUGAUCACGUUGCCACCUUUUACGGCCCCAAGCUGGUUCAUUCUCCAUCGGAGCAACAUGUCUUUACGGUUGAGCAGAAUCAGUUCACUUCCUCCGAUGUCUCCUGGAUGCACUGCCGUCACAAUCGGACACAAGAUUUACGUUAUGGGUGGACGCAACGGCUUAAAUCAACCCGUAAAUACUGUCAUCGUCAUCGACUGUAGAUUCCAUAAGUGGGAAAAUCUCCAGAGUAUGAAAAGGGAACGUUGCUUCGCUGCCUCUGGAGUAAUUGACGGAAAGAUUUACGUGGUUGGAGGUCGCAAGAAACGAUAUGAGGAUUGGGUCGAAGUGUUCGACGUUGAGAAUGGAGUAUGGGAAACUGUGCCUGGUCUAUGCUGUUACCUUGCUAGUUCGAGUGGAGUGUUUCCUAUACAUGUGGUUUUGGAUAAUAAGAUCUACAUUUUGGAUGGUCAGCAUUGUUUGGCUUACGAUCCGAGACUACGUAGAUGGGAUAACUGGGGACCUGAAAGUCCACAGAGGCAUUAUUGGUACACGUGCUCUUGUGUGGUUGAUGAUCUGUUGUAUACCAUUGUUCCUCAGUGGUAUCUUGCUGGGUCUCUCAUUGUCGUGUAUGAUCCAAGGGAUAUGGUUUGGAGACCUGUCAAGGGUGUAGAUCAUUUGCCUAGUUUCUUUUAUGUUGAGUCUAAAAUGUCAAGUUUUGGUGGGAAGUUGGUGUUAUUGGGAUGGCAUGAAAGCCAGAAUAGUUGUGGUCAUGACUCGGAAAAAAUCGUUGUGUGUGUAGAGGUUGCGUUGGGGAGAAGUGAAGAUGGGGAUAUAUGGGGGAAGGUCGAAUCAACCUCACCUGUGCAUUCAUCAUUCCGCUGGCCUUCCAUUGAUAUUUCUCGAACUGUUACGGUUUGA